GCCCGCCCGCUUCUGGCACUGCCUCGCAUCCCCUUCUGCCUUUUAGUUAGGCUCGAUUGCAUCACAUCCUCGGAUCUCGGACAUCUACCCGCAGCCUCCUCGCCUCCUUCUUUUUCACCAUCGUCACCUCCACUGUUUGUAGAAACUCAUACAUUCUGCCGUUCCAUCUCUGUCUCGCUUCUCCUGGAAUUUCUUCGUACAGAGACGAUAAGCAACACCAUGGCUGGUUUCUACAUGCAGUAUCUGGAGAGUCUUUGCCGGCGGCGUGGAUGGCAUGAUCCCUCCUACGAGUGUUAUCGUGAUGGCACUGGCUUUACCUGCUUGGUUCUCGUCAACGGCCGCGAAUAUCAGACAGAUAUUCCAUAUCAAACACAUGGACUUGCUCAGGAAAACGCGGCAAUGCGUGCGUUUAUGGUUUGCCGAAAUUUCUCGGUCAAUGGAGGGAUGCUGGCUCGGAACGGAAUCGUCCAAGGGUUACCGGCAGACGAGGCCAAGCACAAGUCCAGACGGAGCAGCCGUCCUCAAACGUCGUCUCACUAUACGCAUGGACACCGCACUCGGCAUUCCGGAGAUGAAUCAAGCAGCAGCUCGACUGCUUCGGUGGAAUAAGGGCUGUGGAGCUGCCACACCUUGGCAGAAGGCAACACAACCCCUUGGGAAGGCGUGGAUUCCUUCUCGAUCAGCGGAUUCGCAUUUUCUCGUUUUCUUCUAUACUUCUUCACGCUUCACAGCAACACGGUGAUAAGACCCGGGAUUUAUACCCUUAGGUGACGAUCAAUUGACGACUCGGAAAAGGACGAACGAAUAGCAUCACCACUGGUUUCUACACGCACAAAAGCUGCAUCGGCAAAAUUCAUGACUGGACGACCUACGGAAUAUAGAUUACAUGGAUCUGAUGCGUUGUCACGAUUCUACUUCCUUCCCUUAUCUUGGAUCCUCUGGGUUUUCCUCGUGUGUGACGGGUUUUUGGUUAUUUUAGAAGCCUCACUGGGCCUCAAAAAA